UUGAUUACAGCCUCAAUCCUCAAUGAAUAAUUAUUUGCCUUCGCGGUGAUUGUGCACCCCCUGGGGAUAAUGAAAGACACGUGAGAAUACAGCGUGGGCUCUCUCACGCCUCUCCGUACACACACACACACACACACACACACACACUCAUAUAAAGCCUGAAUCUCAAUCGCAGCAUCGCCAAAGGGAGCUCUCUCCCGCGCACGAUUCUCCACACAAGAUAAGAUGAGAUGACAGGAUCUCCACCAUCAUGCCAAACGACACAGACGUGCCGCUACUGGUGUGUGAAUUGGGACGCGGAUCUCGCAUCUCUCUCGCCACCGUCUAUUCCUUCAUGUGCGUUCUGGGAACCGUCCUCAAUCUCCUGGUCAUCUAUUUAGUGGUCACGUUCAAGAAGCUCCGCACAGCCAGCAAUGCGUUCAUAGUCAACGGCUGUGUGGCAGAUCUGCUGGUCUGUGCUUUUUGGAUGCCCCAUGAAGCGGUGGCCACUUCCACAGGGACUCUUUUAGUGGUGGGUUACCAGGCAUUCAAGGAAGCCCUGCUGUUUUUGGGAAUCACCGUGUCGCUGCUUUCGCAUUCUCUUAUUGCAGUCAACAGGUACGUUCUGAUCACCAAAACACCUGCUGUGUAUCAAAGUCUCUAUCAGAAGAGAAACACAGAAUGGAUGAUUGCAGGAUCAUGGCUCGUCUCUUUGGGCUCCCUGUUCCCUUGGCUCACGUCUUUUCGGUAUCCGACGAAAAGUUGUCACGACUCUGCCGACGGAUCUUUCGCAGUCGUGUCCGUUUUGUCCAGUCGUUUCGCGGCUGGGACUUUGGCGUUCACCAUCAUCGGACAGACUCUUGUGGUGGUUUAUUGCUACUUUAAAAUCUUCCGUCGUGUGCAAAUAAGCGUGAAGAGGGUUAGCAUUUUAAAUUUCCAAAUCGUGAACAAUCUGCCUUAUUCGUUCCCUAGAAAGGACAAGCGACUCGGGUUUUAUGUCCUUGCGGUGUGUUUUAUCUUUAUUUUCACAACCGAACCCCUUUUUUGGGUUCUCGUUGCUGGAUUGUUCGUCCCAGUGUCUGUCGCACUUUGGACUUCGACUUGGAUUGUGUUUUGCACCAUAUUUGUUUCCAAUCCGUUCCUGUACACGUGGAAGAACGAGGAGUUUCGGAAGUCCUUCAGGUCGGUGAUGAGAGGAGAUUUCUUGCGGGGGUCCACGGUUGGAGUCGAGCCCAUCACGAUCAAUACUAUUUCUCAUAUCUUUCCCAGACAAAACAGCCGAAGGGCGUUUCUGGGGGAGAUGAACUGAGAUAAACAUGCACGAUUGGUUGUGUCGACAAAAAUUCGCUUGUGCCUGUUGAAGAUGCUUCUACAAUCUGCUGUUUUAUUCUGUCGAUCAGGAUUAAGCUGCAUGUGUUUACUGUGAUUUGUAAAGCCAGGGUUUUGUAAUAUUUUUGUGGAAGUGUGAGGUGUUUUUGCACAGCUGUGAAUGCGACACUGUCACUUUUUUUAAA